GGAGAAUUAAAUAAACACACACACACACGCGCGCGCGCGCUCACUGGCGGACACGCGCACACGCACGCACGGCGAUCAACGUGUUUUGGCGCGCCGGGCGGGAGAGAGGGAGAGAGAGCGAGAAAAGAAGACGCGGGAUGUGCCAGCCGCCGGAGGAGGGGGGACACGCCGCUCGUCGUCUGGCCGCCCAGAGACGCUCCGCCGCCGGCGUGUAGUGCGCGGCGCUGGCGUGGAUGUCCGCCGUUUCCGCUGCGCCCUCACGCCGCUCUUCUCGGUCGAGGAGGAGGAGGAGGAGGAGGCGGCGCCGCACGGUGGACGCAAGAGAGGCUCCGCGGCAUGCCGCCGCCGCCGCAGCAGCAGCAGCCCGCUGACCGCGCGCCGGUGCGCCGCCGCCGCCGCCGCGGCUGCUGAAAGAGGACGAGGCUCGCGCACGCCCGCGCGCACGGACAUGGCUUUGUCUUAACGACAUGACGCAUUGCUGUCACCGCCGCCGCGGCGCGGGAGACGCGGACACGACGUGAGGACGCCAACAACUGCAGAGAGAGAGAGAGAGAGAGAGAGAGAGAGAGAGAGAGGAAGAUGGCGCCCACCAAGCCCAGCAUCCAGCACGAGCACGCGCGCAGAGAACGUGACCCCUACUGGGAGCGACCCGCCAACGCAGGAAGCUGCGCCGCCGCCGCCCGACCCAAGACUCUACACCUGGCCGGCCAGCAGCACACCUCGUCGCCAUGGCUGCAGGCGCUGAGGAAGGAGAAGUCGCGGGACGCCGCGAGGUCGCGGCGGGGGAAGGAGAACUUUGAGUUCUACGAGCUGGCCAAGAUGCUGCCGCUGCCGGGCGCCAUCACCAGUCAGCUGGACAAGGCGUCCAUCAUCCGCCUCACCAUCAGCUACCUGAAGAUGAGGGACUUCGCCAACCAGGGGGACCCGCCCUGGAACCUGCGCAUGGAGGGCCCGCCCCCCAACACCUCCGUCAAAGCUAUCGGCAACCAGCGGAGGCGGGGUCCCAGCAUCGUCGCCUCGGAGAUCUUUGAGCCUCACCUGGGCAGCCACAUCUUACAGUCCCUGGACGGUUUUGUAUUUGCACUAAACAAGGAAGGUCGCUUCUUGUACAUCUCGGAGACGGUCUCCAUCUACCUUGGUCUGUCCCAGGUGGAGCUGACGGGCAGCAGCGUCUUCGACUACGUCCAUCCGGGCGACCACGUGGAGAUGGCAGAAGAGCUGGGGAUGAAGCUCCCCCCGGGGCGGGGUGUCUCUCUGUCCCAGAGCGGCCUCAACGACGACGCCGCAUCCUCGGCGUCGUCCUCAUCGCCCUCCGAGACGCCCGAACCAGCGGAGUCGAGCAGCCCGAGCGUGCUGUCGCCUGACAACUGUCUGGAGCGCUCCUUCUUCAUCCGCAUGAAGUCCACGCUCACCAAGCGAGGCGUGCACAUCAAGUCUUCGGGAUACAAGGUGAUCCACGUGACGGGGCGUCUGCGCAUCCGCAUGGCGUUGACGCACAGCCGGGCGGUGCCGGUGCAGAUCAUGGGCAUGGUGGUGGUGGCGCACGCUCUGCCCCCGCCCACCCUCAACGAGGUGCGCAUCGACUGCCAGAUGUUCGUCACCCGCGUCAACAUGGACCUCAAGAUCGUCUACUGCGAGAACAGGAUCAGUGACUACAUGGAUCUGACAUCAGUGGACGUUGUAGGCAAACGUUGUUAUCAGUUGGUUCAUGCUGAAGAUGUGGAAGGCAUCAGACUUUGUCAUGUCGACUUGAUGAACAAGGGUCAGUGCGUGACCAAGUACUACCGAUGGAUCCAGAGGAACACCGGCUACAUCUGGAUCCAGUCCAGCGCCACCCUCGCCAUCAACGCCAAGAACGCCAACGAGAAGAACGUGGUGUGGGUCAACUACGUGCUGAGUAACCACGAAGACAAGGACACGCCGCUCGACAUCAGCCAGCUGCCGAACCUUCCGGAGAAGACCCCGGAGUCCUCGGAGUCUUCCGACUCUGACUGCGAGUACAAGGACAACUCUGACGACGAGAAGUUGGAGGGGAAGCUCGGCCAAUCGGAGCGCAGCGAGGACCCGGAGGCGGAGAGCCGGUGCCGGCAGCUGCACUCCGGCCAAUCGCAGUGCUCGCCCGAGCAGGAAGUGAAGCGUCAGGAGGAGAGAGACACGUCCAGCAACCCCGGGAGUCCGGACAGCGACGACAGUCCGGAGCCUUCCGAGGCUGAGGCGGGGGAGCCGGAGGAGCAUGCAGGGGGCGGCGCCAAGCUGGCGACUCUGAGUGGCUUGGGCGGGCUUCAAAUCAAAGUGGAACAUUACGGCGAGGCUGAGGACCCUCAUCGCUCGCAGUCGUCGUCCUCGGAGGAGGAAGAGGAGAACGACCAUGAGGUGGAGGAAGACGGCGCCGCGAACACCGUCCUCAAGCGCAGGAAGCGUAGGAAAGUUCAGAAGUGGGACCGAACGCGGAUCAGGAAGUUGCGCCGGUCCUCGGCUACGCCCAGCCCUGUCGCCGUGGGUGAUGGCACGCCACUGGUGGACCACUCACACAUGCUCUCCGCCGAGACACCGGGCGGCGGCAGCGCGUCCUCGGUGCUGAAGAUCAAGACGGAAAUGUCGGAGCCCAUCAACUUCGACAACGACAGUAGCAUCUGGAAUUUCCCGCCCAACCGGGAGAUCUCCAGGAACGAAUCCCCGUACAGCAUGACCGCCAAGCCCGCCCCCUCGGGACCACACAAGACCUUCCCCUCGCCACCAGGGGAGGCCCUCCAGGUCCCCGACGCCGUCCUGACGCCUCCGGGCGCCGAAGGUGGGGCAGGGGGAGGAGCGAGGAAGCCUCCUUACAACGGCAGCGCCGCCCCGUCCUCAGUUUCCAGCCUGGCUCCGCCCUCCAGCGCGUCCUCUGCCGACCCCCUGUCGCCGCCGCUGUCGGCGUCCCCUCGGGAAAAGCAGCAAGCCACGCCCACGUCCUCCUCCUCCUCGUCCUCGCUGCUCUACUCGGGCGACGUGGAGGCGCUGCAGCGCUUGCAGGCCGGGAACGUGGUCCUUCCGCUGGUGCAACGCGUCGCCGCCUCGCUGGCGUCCACCGGCAGCACGCCGCCGCGCGUCUACACCACCGGGACCAUCCGCUAUGCGCCGGCCGACGUCACGUUGGCCAUGGCGCCGGGGAACCUCCUUCCCAACGCCUCCUUUGUGGACAGUCCGAGCUUCGGCCUGGACCCCAAGACCCCCAUGGAGAUGCUCUACCACCACGUCCACAGGCUCAACAUGUCCGCCGCCGCCGCCGGGCCCUUCGCCGGCUCCCCGGGCGCCACGGGGGGCCCCGGCGCCCUGUCGGCGCAGAUGCCCGCCUCCGCCAACGUCUUCACCGCGGCCGAAGGACUCUUCUCCACGCUGCCGUUCCCCGUCUACAGCAACGGCAUCCACGCCGCGCAGGGCGGCGCCGAGAGGAAGGAGGACUAGCGCCGGCGCCGGGAGACCGCCUUACUGUGCUUUCGGACUCCACUGUGAGGGUCGGCGAAAUGUUCUGUAGCACUUUCAACUUUUUCUAACCUCGCCGCCGGUUUACGUGAGGAGGAUCUCGGGAAAACGACUCACGCGAAUGUGGAACUUCUCCAUCCCCACCGUCCCGGCCUCCACCUCGGUAGUUUACGCGGCGACACUCGUGGUGCUAACGAGCUAGCGUGGCUAAUUGAAUGUCAAAAGACUCUCUCGGUCUUCUUCCUGCUUCUUGAGCCGCCACCUCGGGAGGAAGACGAUCCGCCCUCUUCCAUCGCAUCUGCCGGGACCAGAGACCCGGACCGACCGACCGACCGACCGACCGAGGCGGCCGUCCUCGUUGCCAAAAAAAAAAAAACGAAGGAGAAAAAAAAUAAUUGUGCACUGUGAAUCCGCCUCAUUUGUAUUUUUUGACGAAACAAUCAAUUUGGUGUCGCUCAUGGCCACUUCCUGUCUGUGUUUUUAUGACGUCGUUACCGUCGCUACGUGUCCCGUGUCUUCUCUGUGCUCUGUGUGGGUGGAGGCCGGAGGCGGGGCUCGGGGGUCUGGGGGGGCGGGACCUGUGAGACUGGACCUCCAAACUGUGCCGCCGCCGGCCCCGCCUCCGCCGCCGCCCCCCGCCGUCGUCGUGAAGCAGUGGAGGUUUGUCGUGCAGGAAGUACCCGAAAACAAAAAAAAGAGAACAUUUGUGGAGUCCAACUUUCUUCUUCUUCUUCUUCUUCUUCUUCUUCUUGGGUUUCUGCUUUGCUUUUGUCGUGUUGCUAACUUCCCGCGUGUGCAUUGGGUGUAUUUCGCUGGUUCCCGCCAAAAUAAAAGCCAGCUUUCUAAAGAAAUGAAAAGAACAAAAAAAACAAAACAUUUCGCACUAUAAAUCUAUUUUUGUAAAAGUGAGGUCAGCUUCUGUUUGACCCUUUUCAAAAUAAAAGUCAGGACCUAAUUUUCUUCUCAGUCGCAACAAAUUGCCGCUGGAUUCCGAUCCUCGGGGGGGACGAUUCGAUUCAGAGUCGAUUCACGAUUCAAAGCGAUUCUUGCAACAUUUUAUGUAGAAGACUGGAUCCGAUUCCGGAUCUCAGGCUGUCGAUUCGAUUCCGAAUCGAUUCUCAGCUCGACACGAUUCUUGAUUUAAACCGAUUCCGAAUUGAUUCCGGUAAAUAAGAAUCGCAAUUCAGAUGUGAAUCCAUUUCUUUAAGGGUUUGAAUCUUUGGAUAUCUAACGAUUUGAUCCGAUUCACGUGGUGAUGAUUUGAUUCCGACUCGAUUCUCAA